AUGAUGGUGAUCUUCCAGAAUAAGAUCAUCUACAUGCCUUCUAUGCCACCAUUCUCGCGACAAGAGAAGAUUGCCGACUAUGAACAAGUAUGCCGGCCAAUCGUCUGGGAAGAGCAAAGGAUUAAGUCUCUAGAUGGAGUGGAGAUUGCAAUAUGUGUCGGGCGUAACGUGAUGCGGGCUGAUGAGAAGGAAGCCAAGGAAGUGAGGAGGACGGAAGACGUUGUGAUAUUGUACUUUCAGGGAUUAAUUGAUGUGCGAGUUAAUAAUGAUAGUAGAAAUGGGUCUUCGAUCCCACCUCGUCUACCUCAACUAUCAGCUGUGUUGAAAGAGUUGGGUGAUAGAACAUACACACUCGUUGCGGUCUCGUAUAGAGGAUUCUGGACCUCUCGUGGCCGGGCUUCCCAGCGUGGAAUCGAGCGUGAUGCAAUCGCUGCCUUGAACUGGACUCGACAAACAUACCUCCAUCCAAACACCUGUCUUGUCUUCUGGGGCCAAAGUAUAGGGGCAGGGGUGGCCACUUUUCUCGCAGCGUCAGACCACCACUGGCACCAGGGCUUCUCGAAACAGUCAAAACCACCGGCUUUGAUACUUGAGACACCCUUUGUAAGUAUACGAUCAAUGUUAUUAGCCCUUUACCCGCAACGCUGGCUGCCAUAUCGCUAUCUCGGCCCAUUCCUACGAAAUUGGUGGGAUUCAGAGGGAGCCAUUCGCUCAAUGCAAAUUACUAGGGCAAAGAAGGAAAGAAGAAAGGUCUUGAUCAUCUCGGCGGAUAAGGAUGAGCUGGUUCCUGCUGAGCAGGCUGACAUUAUAGAAGAACUAUGUAGUAAACAUGAGAUGGACGUAUCUCGAACGAGAGUUCGAGGUGCUUUGCACACCGAAGCCACCUUUCGAGGAGAUGGGAGGAAUGCGGUGGUGGCUUUUUUGAAACGAGUAAUAUAG